AUGCCAGGCAUCUCUUGCCGGAUCGGUGUCGAGAUCGAGGUGUACGCGAGGGAGAAAGAGUCUGGUCGUCCUGAGCCUCAACCUCUAGGGCCAGAGCGAAUCAAAGCCUUUGCCGAUAAUCUUGUUCGGUUCUACAAUGAAAAGAGUGGUAAGGCUCUGCUACGCGCGGACUUCGAGCAUGAAUCCCACCCUGGACACCACGACAGCCAUACCAGCAGCGGCCACUGGACCGUUACCACGGACGACGCCAUCGGUUCCCCUGAUCUAUUAGCUGACGAUGAUUCGGUUUGGGGAUAUCCUCUUGAAUUUGUCUCUCCGAUAUUCAAAUUUUACCCUGACAGCGCAUGGAGAGAAGGUGUGGAGGAUCACUGGAACACGAUACUGCUGUACGGAGAAUUCCAUAUUGACGAAGAUUGCGCCACACACGUUCACGUUUCCCCCGAAGCAGGCAAGGUCUGGAGCUCCGAGCAACUUAAGAGAGUCGCUCAGGCAGUGAUUUAUUUCGACAAGGCUUUCAAGGCCAUCUGGGCGCCCAGCCGUCGCGAGCAUGACCUCACAAGUAGCAACAAAGCCAACAACUAUAAGCUCAAGGACCUUGGAUUUGCAGAGUGCUGCAAGCUCAUUCAAGAAUGUGUCGACACCGAUCAUCUCGUUUCUUUGAUGCAACCGCUCGAGAGGCCCGGUUCGGGCAACACUCCGCUUCGGAGUUAUGCGUGGAACUUCAUGAACACAAUGAAAGCCACAAAAGAGGAGCAACAGAAAAUCGGAACCAUAGAGUUCCGCUGCGCCCCUGGUACUCUGACGCCUGAACAUUGUCUCAUCUGGGUGGAAUUCGGAGCCUCUUUUGUGCAAGCGGCAGCGCAGUACGGUACGCAAGACAGGCUCGAGAAGGAAUACGUUCCCACCGCCGAAAGUUUGAAGAAAUUCAUACUCAAGGCAAGAGAAGAAGAAGAGGGGAAGGAGACCGACCGCUUGGACACCCUGUUCUAUGGCCUUCCGGAAUCCAGAGCGGAGGGGAAGGGUCUGGACAAGGACAUCAAGAUGAGACAAGUCUUUGAUGCUAGGAUAAAGGAACUCGGCGCCUGA